UGCUGUUUUAUGUGUGUGUUUAAUGAUUAAUGAUUUAAUGAUUUUAAUCAAGUUCCACUUUUCCUUUACAUUAAGUAAUUUCGGUUAUGUUAUGUUAAAACAUGUGAACUAUGUAUUAAGUCAUGGUGGGUUCUGUGAACGGUGAAUUAUGAUCUCGAAACUUUAAAACACGAUAGGAGUAAGUUGAUAAAGUUACGUAUAUCAAAUUAUCAUCAGAGGAAGUGACGCGCGCGGUCAGCUCCUCUCGUCCAGUUCCGCCUCCAGAAUAAAAGCUAUAAGAGAUAGACUCCGGUCACUCUUCGCUCCUCUCGCUUUUCUUCUCUCUCUUGUAUCAACUCGUUAUUUAUUCUCGCUUUUUCUUUAAUUUCCGUACUUUAUUUUACUUCGUUUGCGACACGUGUUGAUUUUUUCCUCAAGUAAUAACUUGCCGUGCUGAAGUACUUUUCAAGUACUUUUAUUUUGAAAGCUCAAGACACAAACGAAUUUCUUCUUUUAUAUUUUUGUAGUCUUAUCGUCAAGUAUUGUCGCCUUUUCACAGAAAGUGAAUUUAAUCUAAUUCUUGGACUUUCUUGGAGAAUUCUCCAGCCCAGCGUUUCAUCCUGCAGUUAUUUUUAAACAAGAAGCUGAAUUAGUUUACAGUCAAAGCUGAAGACCAACCACUCUAAGACAUUCAUCAUCAGCCAGAAGGACGUCGCAGUAGUUGACUGCUCAAGAAGACGUAUAAACGUUUCCAGCUGAAUAAAGACAUUAUUCUCCAGCCACCUUGCCCCCCAACGCUCACUAGCGCACACAGCUGGGCCUUUUGGAGAGAUUGCCACUGGAACCAGGGACUACAACUCCCUUCGGCCUGUUGGAUCAGUGACGUAAAGCCGCAGUUGAGCUGAAAGCCAAGGACCUGGAAUCAUUCCAAGUUCCAUCUACAAACAAAGGAGGCUGACUCUCCGGUACACAGCCGGAUUCACACACAUGAAGAAGAGCUGGUGUCUGUCUGUAAGCUUUGAUUCCCAUCUUUUACGUUUAAGAGAAUUUUGGAUUAGGGCCUCUCAGUUCUAAAAUUUACUCUCGUAAUAUUUUAAACUUACUGCCGCAUCGCAAAAUCCACCAUCGCUCCUGAAUCACCUAAUAGUAAUAAUUCAUAUAUUGUCCACAUAUUCUGUUACUUGUUGUCAUUUGUUUGUUUAUCAUUUCAUGCUAUUUACUCUGCAUUAGUUUAGUUAAUAAACAUAUAUAACCGUAUGUCCUUGUCGGUGCAGGUUUGAUUUGAUGCGGGGAAAUCGAUGAAUCGUGUAAAAGAAAUCACUACUUCAGAAAUAUGAGAUUAAAUAUAGAUUUUGAAACUUAAUAAAUUGAUUUAAAAUUGAUUUGAUUAGAUCUGUGGAAUAAUUUCCUCCGGAUUAUUCCAGUAGCUAAACAACGGAGGUGGUGCCCCAUUUACGAGUGUAUUAUUAAUCCCCAGUGAUUAAUUACUAAUAAAAAUGAAAAAGUAAGUGUUUUCUUGUCCCUCAUACUUCUCUUUUGUUCUAUUAGCUCUUUGGUUAUUUUGACCACCUUUCUAAUGCAGGACGAGGCUGUUUAGAUUGAAGGCUCUGUGAAUAUAGUUUGUGUUCAGGUCUUCAUCGUUUAGAUCUGUAUUAUACAAUUUCCUUUAAUUUUCUUUAAUUAAACAACGUAAAACAUUUUGUACUGUAAAGAACGUGGAAGUAACGAGACAGGCAACUGGAACAGCUGGAACAACCUAAACAGGAACAGGAACUUCUUGUUGUGUUCCAGAAAUCAGGAGAUAUCGAGUUAUGGUCAUGGAAUGUGAAACUUAGAAGAUUGAUGAUGGUGGACACAAGAAGCUUUCUCUCUGAUGAGAGACUUCCCGCGAUCCUUUUGUUCCAUAUAUUUAAACUUUAAUAACACUUUACGUAACCCAGUAGAUAGUUCAUCUCUUAGUUUCAUUUUAUUCUCAUUCUUACUUUCUGUUUGCUAAAAAAUGUGUCAGUCAAAGUGAGGUUGCUCAGUAUUGGUUCUUAUUGGCUGUAUCAGUCAAUACAGAUAUCUGAUUGGAGAGGGGAAUUAAGUCCCACCCCCUCCAGGUUGACGUUCAGCAGCUCAGUCAAAGCGACAACCCGAGCAGACGAGUGAGUCGAGUCAUAAACUAGUUAAGCUGAAACCAGUGAAAGUGGAUAAAUGAAAUUAAGGCAACCUUGAGACGACACAUAGGUGAAACUGAAGAGGUGAUUCUAUGACAUGGUGAGCAGUGGCGUGCACAGACUUUUUGAAGGGCAGGGGCAGAAAGAAAAAAAGGGCACAUAUAGCAGGUCCUCACCACUGUAGAGGGCACUUUAGACAUGUUUUUACAUGUUAUACAAAUGGCACAUUAUAUAGCCUUAAAACAGACUAACUAGACAGACUACUCAGGUUAGUUUGCUGUUAGGAUCAGCAUCCACCAGAACUGUGUGGAUUUCAACGAUGGACUGUGAAGAACACACAGAGACAUGGAUGUAUGAAGGAAAUAAAUCCCUAGGGCGUCUUGGGGUCUUCCCCAGAACAUUUUCAACUAAGUAGAUGCCAUUUCCUGUAUUCUAGUGCAUUUUAACACCAUAUUAGCACCAGAUAAUCCAAACUACUUCUAUGAGAUAUAGUUCUGGCUCAGUAUAGAUCAACAAAGGGCCCAACAUAGAAGUAAAAAAAUCAACAAUUCAAGAAGAGUCUUAUAGAGAAUCAGACAAUGUGCAUUCCUGAAUGCUGUGUUUUCAACAGCAACAAAAGAAAUUGAAUUAAAAUAAAACAAUAUCAAAGCUUAAGCCAUAGUUGUUGAAAAGGUGUGAGACACAUUUACUGCUCCGUGGAAUAAACUGGGGCUCAUUCAUGUCUCUAAAAUUAGCUAGCCUAAAUGUAUCUAGCCUUCACAAAAUUCAGGAAAUCUGCUUUGUACAGAUGACUGCAUUAUCUAUUUUUAUUGCAAAGUGUAUCAUAAUAUACACUAAAGCUACAUUCACAGUUUAUAAUGCUCACCCAGCUCUGUUCUACUUAGCUGAUCAUCACACUGGUCUCUCUCUCUCCCUCUCAACUAGCUGCUAGCAUUAGCCACUAGCCUACUCAAUAGCAUUAGCCUACUAACAAGACUUUCUGUCCUUAACUUGCAAGCUGAAGUUUAAAAGGCAUUUUCAAGAAAGAAUUUUUAAAAAUUAUCCCAGAUGCUUUGCCCGGCGGGGAGUCAACUUACAGUGCAUACGGAAAGUAUUCACAGCGCUUCACUUUCUCCACAUUUUGUUAUGUUACAGCCUUAUUCCAAAAUGGAUUCAAUUCAUUUUUUUCCUCAAAAUUCUACACAUAAUACCCCAUAAUGACAACUUAAAAAAAGUUUGCUUGAGAUUUUUGAAAAUUUCUUAAAAAUAAAAAACGAAGAAAUCACUUGUACAUACUUAUUCACAGCCUUUGCGAUCAAGCUCAAAAUUGAGGUUAGGUGCAUUCUGUUUCCACUGAUCAUCCUUGAGAUGUUUCUGCUGCUUAAUUGGAGUCCACCUGUGGUAAAUUCAGUUGAAUGGACAGGAUUUGGAAAGGCACACACCUGUCUAUAUAAGGUCCCACAGUUAACAGUGCAUGUCAGACCACAAAACAAGCAUGAAGUCAAAGGAAUUGUCUGUAGACCUCCAAGACAGGAUUGUCUCGAGGCACAGAUCUCGGGAAGGGUACAGAAAAUGUUCUGCUGCUUUAAAGGUCCCAAUGAGCACAGUGGCCUCCAUCAUCCGUAAAUGGAAGAAGUUUGGACCCACCAGGACUCUUCCUAGAGCUGGCCGUCCCUUUAAACUGAGUGAUCGGGGGAGAAGGGCUUUAGUUAGGGAGGUGACCAAUAACCUGAUGGUCACCCUGACAGAGCUCCAGGGUUCCUCUGUGGAGAGAGGAGAACCUUCCAGAAGGACAACUAUCGCUGCAGCACUCCACCAAUCAGGCCUGUAUGGUAGAGUGGCCAGACGGAAGCCACUCCUUAGUAAAAGGCACAGGGCAGCCCGCCUGGAGUUUGCCAAAAAGCACCUGAAAGACUCUCAGACCAUGAGAAACAAAAUUCUCUGGUCUGAUGAGACAAAGAUCGAACUCUUUGGCGUGAAUGCCAAGCGUUAUGUUUGGAGGACACCAGGCACCGCUCAUCACCUGGCCAAUGCCAUCCCUACAGGGAAGCAUGGUGGUGGCAGCAUCAUGCUGUGGGGAUGUUUUUCAGUGGCAGGAACUGGGAGACACGUCAUGAUUGAGGGAAAGAAGAUAGCCCUGAAACAAAAAACUGGGCGUCAUUACUGGGAGGUAGAGUGGAGUAAUGGUUCUAAUGACUCUGUUUACAUACUUGCUGGAUACAAGGAAGUUCAAAGAAAAGGAAAAGGUCCACAGACUGAGCUUGGAUAUAAUACUAUAUCGUGGUGUUUUGGCAAAAGAACAGAUGAACAACUACUGAAGGCAAUUCACGAUAAUAACAAAUGGAGUUUUUCUACCUCUGCUGGCUUCAUUAGUGUUGGGGUUUAUCUGGACUGGCCUGGAGGCACUCUGUCACCUCUACACCUUUCAGACCAGAUUCACUGAACCUCUUUACCCAGGCUUAUGGGCUCACGAGUAUGACAACUAUGCGUAUCUUUGUCCAGUCCAGUUGAAUAAGAGCAAUGACAAAGACUUGUCAGAUUCUUGGCCCGAGCAACUUAACACUCAAAUACAUUUCAAAAAUUCAAAAAUGUAUUCAAACCCAG